AUGGAUCAUGACGACCGUGGGACUGCCUCCUCGUCUCCGGUUGGGUCGAGGGGCUCUCUCCGCAUCAUUGACUGGGCCCUGAAUACAACCUCGUCCUCCGUCAUGCCUCGUCAAUCUCCGGCUCUUCCCUCCGCCCGCGAUGAAUGCUGCGGCCUCGAGUCGGCGGCUGGUGAAGAGAUGAAUUCGUUGUUCAUGAGAGCAUUGGCGCCCUUUCAGACCGGGGCCAAUGAUACCGACGUGCUUAUUAAUCAGGUUCAUUUCAAUCGAACCGCUUUGAACCUCUACAACUAUACGCUGUAUACCAACGGCACCCUCUCCAAUGGCUCGGAAUGCUACUUGGCAUUCGACGAGUUCAAGCCGCACUUGUUCGCAGAAAACGGCACCGUCGUCAAUGGGACGUCAUGCUAUGCCCCCGUCAACCGCCUCGGUCAGCAUGGCUCUCUGGGCCUGUUCUUUGCCUUCAUGUUUUCCGUGUCCGUCUUCUUCACCCUGAUCAACCUGCGUAAACAUGGUCGGAGAUUACUUCCCAUCGACCGUCGGUGGAAUAUUAUGGGUCGCCGGUUGAAAUGGUUCUGGCUGCUGUUUGUCGCUGUCUGCGGCACCGUAAGCUGCUUUAUGAGCGUCGAUGUCGACCGCGGCUAUCUGCAGAGUGCCGCCUUGACAAUGCAGAGCGUCUUCUACACACUCAUCACUCCAGGAUUGAUGGCGGCUGUCUGGGAGGCAGUGCGACACUGGGGUUCAUGGCAAGAGCGGCAAAUCUUUGAUCGCGAUCCUUAUGCCUUCACCAAACCUAGCACGCGAGAAGGCCAGGAAUUCACCCUCCCCAUCCUCUUCUACGCUUUUGCCAUUGUCAAUUUUAUCCUGACUGUCCCACGGUCCUGGUCGGCCAUUGAGCGCCAACGGAGUGCCGAACAGCAAGAACUCGACGCUCGACCCGUCGCAACGGACGUUCGCUGGCGCACCGCGGGCUUCAUGGCGCUGGGCGGCAUGCUCGUCAUUUGCUAUAGCCUAGAACAUAGCAUCUACCGCUACAAGCCUCGACCAACCGGUGUCCUCAGUCAACUACUCUUCUAUAUCAACGAGGUCCCGUCAGAGUUCCUCGUUGUCAUUGCUCUCCUCGGUGUGAGGAUCGGAUACUCCAUCAUGUCUUCGUUCGAGUGGUCGGUCUCGCCGCUCAAAUCUGAUGUCAAUUCGGGUUGGAUCUACGGCCUCGGAUACGCGCCCGCCUUGCUAGUGAUCAUUGUCAUGAACCUGUGCGGAUUCAGCGAGCUGAACGAGGAUCGGGCGCUGAUAGCUCAACGCGACGAAAUUGAGACCGCUGUCGCCAACGACGUUGGUGUUGGCCAAAGGAAGCCCUCCUGGUGGAAAUCAGGACGUCUACGGACCUUCGCCCGAGAGAUUACCGGGAACCGACGUCUCUCCUCGCCGGACUCCAACGAUUUAGAGCACUACGUCGAGAUGGGGGUCAUCAAGCCACAGAGCCAGGGCAAUGAGCCGCAGAAAACGGAAACCAACCCUUCUAGUCCGUUCAAGGAGGACACCCGCGUCACCACCCGCAUUGCCAGCCAAACCAGCGGGACAACCAGUGCUGCCAGCGAGCCGGGCCUAACUCCCCAUCGUAUGGAGUAUGUCAUUCAGCCGGGGAACCCCCAGAAUUCAUCCGAUGAUACACUAACUGAUUCCGCGGUGCCGCGGAGAUGA